CAAACCAAGGGAUCAUUUCUCUUCAAGAAAACUUAUUUGUGUUUGCUGUGGUGAUAAGAAUUUAAAAUGCAUUGAACUGGUAACUGGAAAUCCUUUACUAAUCUUGAUUCAACUGUAUGCCAACACUAACUAUAAUAUGACACUUUUUUCCAACCCUAUUGGGUUAUGUCCAACCUGCCAGAUUUAUUUGUACUCAGCUAAAAAAGGAGAAACUUUAUCACUAGUUACUUUGGAGAGGUGGUUGCUCACAUCAGAGAGAAUAAAGUUACUUCCGAGAUUUAAAGGUGAGACAGUGUCAACAUGUGAUUGCCUGCUCUGUAUCAUGUCAAGAGAUAAAUCCAAAUCUAUAAACCUUCAGGAUGUAUUAAACAUGUACAUUAAUGACCCUGAAGUACCAAAGGAGAUCAUAGAUAAAAUUUGUUGUACUUGUUAUCAAAGAAUUGGAUCUGGAAUUCAACAUCCCUGUAAUAAGAGAGACAUUGUACAGAACCUAAAAACACUGCUAAUGUCAACAGGUUUAAAAACAGUUGAGCAAGUACUUAGCAAAUCUCUGAAAGAAAUUCAACAAUUUAAAAAUAUUGAGUUAGAUAACACUAUUACUUUGUCGACUGGAGGAACUCCUUUAAGUCUCCAGAUAGGGAAAAAGCCAACCCUUAAAACUAUCUCUACCCAAACUUUCUAUAAUAUCAAAAGAAAGCAUGAUAUGUCAGACUAUACUAUUGAUUCAAUAGCGAUGGAAUUAAGAAAAGAUUUGGGUAGAUUAGGUGUGGAAUCUAAUUCUUCCAAAAAAAAUAAGAUAAUGUCACAUGCCUUAAAUAACUAUUACUCAGUGGAAAAAGUGGAAUUUCUAUCCAAAAAUAAAGUUAAAGAAAAUAAAACAAUUGAAACUGUCAUUAAAGAUCUAGUGUAUGUCAAAGAUCCAGUAUCUCUAGUUAAUCAUGUUUGCAUUGCUAGGGGACUAGAAGUCGAGAACGUUAUUAUUCGUAUAGGAAUAGAUAGUGGCCAAGGAUCUUUAAAAGUUAUUAUGAAUGUUUUUAACAGAGAAGUAAAUUAUGACUCCAAAGAAACCAAGAAUACUGGAGUGAACAAAGUUAUAAUAUUGGCUUUUGCCAAAAAUGUUUGCGAAAGCCACACAAAUCUUCAAAUUCUUAUAGAAAAAACAAAGCUAAACAAUUUAAAGUUUUACCUUGCUGCAGAUCUUAAACUAUGCAACAUAGUUUUAGGUUUGUCAGGACAUGGAAGAAAAUAUUCAACUGAGAACCUUUAA